AAGAAACGCUGUUGGUGAAGUAUCGCGAUAACACAGCGCGUGACGUGAGAUCUCGGAGCGGAACCUCGGCCUCUGUUCGGCGGCGGACCCGUGUCGUGCCAGUUUCUCAGCAUGAAGCUCAACAUCUCUUUCCCGGCCACUGGCUGCCAGAAGCUGAUCGAGGUCGACGAUGAUCGUAAGCUGCGCAUCUUUUACGAGAAGCGCAUGGCCACUGAGGUGGCUGCCGACACUCUGGGAGACGAGUGGAAGGGCUAUGUGGUGCGAAUCAGCGGUGGCAACGACAAGCAGGGCUUCCCCAUGAAACAAGGCGUGCUGACCCACGGGCGCGUGCGCCUGCUGCUCAGCAAGGGCCACUCGUGCUACCGCCCCCGUCGGACCGGCGAGCGCAAGCGCAAGUCCGUGCGCGGCUGCAUCGUCGACGCCAACCUCAGCGUGCUCAACUUGGUCAUCGUCAGAAAAGGUGAGAAGGACAUCCCCGGCCUGACCGACAGCACCGUCCCCCGACGCCUGGGUCCCAAGAGAGCAAGCAAGAUCCGCAAACUCUUUAACCUGUCCAAGGAGGACGACGUCAGGAAGUAUGUGGUGCGGAGACCCCUCACGAAGGAAGGCAAGAAGCCGCGGACCAAGGCCCCCAAAAUCCAGCGCCUGGUGACGCCCCGCGUGCUGCAGCACAAGCGCCAGCGCAUCGCCCUGAAGAGGAAGCGCACGCUGAAGAACAAGGAGGAGGCAGCCGACUACGCCAAGCUGCUGGCCAAGAGGACCAAGGAAGCCAAGGAGAAGAAGCAGGAGCAGAUUGCCAAGCGCCGUCGACUCUCCUCUCUGCGGGCCUCCACCUCCAAGUCAGAGUCCAGCCAGAAAUGAGUCUGACAGACUUUUUACUGUGUAAACUCCUCCAUUAAAAGUGGCACUCAAACACA